AACAGAGUCCUCUGCUGCGCUCCACAUUUUUCGUCUCAAAACCGAGGGGAAGUGCUUCGUGUGCCUUGCGACUGACCACCGUGCUGCUUCCUGCCGCCAUCCUGUCCGGUGCUUCCGCUGCCUAGGACGCGGUCACCGGGAGCGGGACUGCAAACGGCCGAUUGCGGCACUCAAGCAGCCUACUGCGGGGCUCACCCGCAAGGAGGACCUCCCGCCACCGCCGCCGUGUUCAGGUGCUGUUGCCAUGGCGAUGCUCGGCGACCCGGCGACGAGGCUGAUGAGGACGAAUGCCUCAUCCCAACCUCCUAUGCCACGGAGGCAAGCAGGAGGGAGUGGGAGGAGACGGCGGCUGUCUCCUGGGCCAUGAGUGGGCCACCCAACACCGGGCCGAAGGAGGUGGAGGCGGCCAUCCGUGCUGAGUUCCACCUCAGGCACGGCGAAGUCACCGUCACCAGUCACCACCCGCAAGCGUUCCUCAUCAAGUUCCAGCACCGCCACCACUGCGCGCAGGCCCUCAAGUAGGGCUAUGCUAAGCGGCACGGCAUCGACAUCCACUUCAUCAAGUGGCGUAGCCUGGCCAACUGCCUGGGCGUGUCGCUCCUCUUCCGCGUCAAGCUCUGCCUCGACGGUGUGCCGAGGCACGCCUGGGAGGAUGACAUCGUCGAGCGCAUCAUCGGGAGACGCUGCGCUCUGGAGGACAUUGAAACUGACCUUCUGCAGCCAGCUGCGACGAAGACCAUUGAUCUCUGGGCUUGGACAGCAAACCCGUGCCUCAUCCCCAAAAAGGUCUGGCUCACCUUCACCAACCGUGCCAAAAAUGCCAAGCUCACUUCGAUCAUGGUGACUGAAACACCACCAGAGCGCUGGCAGCAAGGCACAAGGCACUGCGUCAUCGUCCACCUGGAGGAGAUCCACGACUACACUGCCUCCACCAUCGACGACAAAGGCAACAUCUCCCCAGGUAUAAGAUGUCUCCCUAACUGGCAUUUGGGAGUUGUUGAUGGAGAACAGGUACCAGCCCGUGCGUUCGAGGAGUUUCCGCACCACCCACCUCCGCCUAGGCGCCAUGGUCCUUCCGACAAAGUGGACCAGCGUGGCCGGCGGCUUGAGGACAGGCCCUCCAAGGGGCCAAAAGGGAGGUACAACAACGACCACCCAGACUUCUACAGGGGCCACCGCAAGCAUCACGACGACGACAACGACGACAGCUAUGGUCGCCGCGGGAGAGAAGCCCCUGGUAGGCAUGCCUGGGGUGAACGCACCAAGGAUGGCCCCUACCGCGAGCGUGAGCGAGAUCGCUCCCCUCAGCGCCGCGUCUGGGGCCAUGGCAACAGAUAUGGCGGGCAACAACGGACUGCCGACCACGAUACUCAGGCUCCGUUAAAGUUGCCUACAGAGCUUCCUCAGGUGAGCACUUUGCAGGUCACUAAGGAGACAGACCUGCAGCGCCUCUUCAAAACUCAAGCAUUCGCCAUUCAGGAUGCUGUGCAGCGCAUCCCGGACUGGACUGCUGGCCAUGGCAACCAGAAAAUGGCUUCGUCCCUACGAGCGCUUAUGCACGACUACAUCGACAAAGCGUGUGCAUUAGCGGAGGGGCUGGGGCUGCUGCCUCUGGCGGCACAGGCAGCGGUGAAUGAAGCCUGGUCCAAGCGCCAGCCCCAAGCCACAGUUCCAGCACGCAGCGUCUUCGACCGCAUCCUCAACGCGCUACCAGCUUCAACAACAAUGGAAGACAAGUCCAUAGCUGAGGUUGAAGAAGCUUUGGCGCGUAUGGAGCUAGCUGCCAAGCUAGUUCCCACAGUCCAGGCGCACGGUGGAGAACCAGCAAGUAGUCAGCAACAGGCCAUCGGAGUCGCAGGCCUCUUCAGCAAGCCGCUGGAGCCGGUGCUUCAGCAGCCUACGAGUGCAGUGACGCCUCCAGCUGCUCUGAAUCCUCCAGCGGCUUCGACGCGCCGCAACCGCCGCCAGCGCACCUUCGACAUGUCAUCGGUACGCCGCAGCGCCCGCCUCGCAGCUGCCCGUCCUAUGACCCAAAUGCAACGUGCCCAGCGCAAUCUCUGCAGGAAACUUGGUUUCAUACAUGAUGAGCUCGAACCUGUGGAAACCGCUUUGCAGGAGUACAUUGCCAUGUUCAAGGGGCCACUACCGCAGGACGUCAUCGCCGCCUUGACGGAGAUAUUCAACAUCGGCACGGAGGAUGCGUGUGAAGCUGAGGAGGCGCUGCUUCGCAUGGUAGGCGAGGGGGUUGAAGAACUCCAGGAUGCGGUCGUGGCGAUCGCUGCAGCUUAAGGUCUUUGGGGACAUCUAUUUUGCGCUACUUGUUUUCCUAUGAAUCAAGCAACUCUUGCCCAGAAUUUGUAUCUGCAUCAGUGUGUGCCUGCAGACAGCUUUUGUGUU